UAGUCGACAGUCAUCGUUUAGACGUUGUGCGAUACGUUUGCUUUUUAAAGAGAGCGAAUCUGCGUCACUAGUGUAAGCGUUAAGCAAAAGUGUGUAGAAAUAAUAAUUUGCCAGAUUUAAACCAAAGAAAACCGGUCGGUUAAACGUGGGUGCUUAAAAAAAAAACAAGUGUUUUAAUUAAUUCAAUCAAUUUGAAAUAAAAAUCAUUAAAAAAACCUAAAGCUGCAGCUAAAAGCAGACUUUAGUUAAUAAAAGAAUCUUUAAUUUUACAGGGUGGUUUUCUUUAGCAAAACCAUUUUAAAAUUUACACAAAAUUUUGUGUAUAACUUAAACCUCGAUCGAUAUUGUAUUGUGUAAAACGUGUUAAAUUAUUUAAAUUAACGUGCAAUUCCUAAAAAUCAAAUUACUUUACAUUCUGUCGUAAACAGAAUACAAAAAAGAAACAGAACAGUAGUUACCCAACGAAAAGAAAAAUCUCCACAACCUUCUUUGUGCCAUUCACAAGUGUGAUUUUCAAUUGGAAAAUUUUGAAUUUGUUCAACUCAACCGUCGUCAAUAAAACGCGCAUGAUACAAGCCAAGAUGGGACUAUUUACAAAUAUUAUUAAAUGGCUGACAUUGUUAGCUGUGGUAACAGCUUUUACUUCUGUAUCAGCUCUAGCUGCCAAUCCCCCCGAUGCCGACCAAAAAGGACCCGUUUUCCUUAAGGAACCCACCAAUCGUAUUGACUUCUCUAAUUCUACUGGUGCCGAAAUUGAAUGCAAAGCUAGCGGUAAUCCUAUGCCUGAAAUUAUUUGGAUUCGUAGUGAUGGCACUGCUGUUGGUGAUGUUCCCGGUUUGCGUCAAAUCUCCUCGGAUGGCAAAUUAGUGUUCCCUCCUUUCCGUGCCGAAGAUUAUCGUCAAGAAGUUCAUGCUCAAGUUUAUGCCUGUUUGGCUCGCAAUCAAUUUGGUUCGAUUAUAUCGCGUGAUGUUCAUGUUAGAGCCGUCGUUUCCCAAUUCUAUAUAACCGAGGCCGAAAAUGAAUAUGUCAUCAAAGGCAAUGCUGCGGUCUUAAAGUGUAAAAUACCCUCAUUUGUAGCCGAUUUUGUACAAAUCGAAGCCUGGAUCGAUGAGGAAGGUGUAGAGUUAUGGCGUAAUAAUUCUACUCAGGCUUAUGAUGGCAAAUAUUUGGUUUUACCUUCGGGUGAAUUACAUAUACGCGAAGUUGGUCCCGAAGAUGGUUAUAAAUCAUAUCAGUGCCGCACUAAACAUAGAUUAACCGGUGAAACUAGAUUAAGUGCUACCAAGGGACGUUUGGUUAUUACAGGUAAGUUGAAUUUGUCCUCAAAGGGAGACAUUUUUUCU